CCGCUAUUGGAGGUAGUAGUCAGGCUGACAGUAUCGCCGCGUCUGUGCGAAAGCGUGUGUAGUGUGUGGUACUGUGGUGUGGACACCGGACGCGCAGUUCUCGUUUCACACACUGUUCCUGCCGCCGCCAUUUGCUGUCUCAGAGUCGACCCGUUAGGUAGUGUUUGGCUGACAUUUUAUUUUGCUGUUCCAUGAACCGUGUGUGACGCUGUUUGUUGUAGAGCAGUCGCCAUAUGCAUUUUGUCACGUUUUAUAACAACAUUUUUCAGUUUCUAUCGUGCGUGCCAGUGCACAUUUCACAUUAGUAAUAAUUACUAUCCAUCGAAAACGUCUCCAGAUUCGACUUCGUAAAAUUUUGUCUACUAUUAUUCAGGAGUCAUUGAAAUUUUAAAUAUGUCGACCGAAUUGGAUCAAGAAAAAAUUGAUGAAAACGUACCUGCUGUUUUAAAGGAGGACCAAGGAAAAAUCGAUGAAGAUGUACCUGAUAUUCUUCUAAAGGAAUCAGAACUAAAGCAGGAAGGAAGUGAUUCUACGUCAGUUAUUAUUAUAAGUGAUGCAGAGGAUGAAAUUGACUUAACCUGUCCUACACCUAAAACUGUUCCUAUGGCUGUACCUAUAAAUGGACUAUGCCUUAAUAAUCUGAAUAAACUCGAUUCAGAGGUCGUUGAAGAGAUGCGCUGUUCAUCUGAACCAGUAGCUAGUUUAUCCAUCAUUGACUUGCCUCAACCUAGGCGAUAUGAAUCUGUUCCGAAAGAUACUCGUAAAUGUCCAGUAAUUAUAGAUUAUAUUGUGAUACAAGAUUCUGAUACAGAAUGCGAAAAUGCAUUGGAACAAAAACCAAAACGACCUCUUAAACGCAAAAGAAGUCUGAUACCUACCAAUAUCGAGGUCGAAAAUACUAGAAAAACCAUGAAACCCGGACCUAAAUCUAAAACUAGAAACAUUGUAACUGUCCAUCAAAUGAUAACUGAGGCCAAAAUGAGGGGAAAGGACGUAACCCUCGACUUUAGUGACACUUCCGAGGAUGAGAUUGAUUUGGAUUCUGAGGAUGGUUCAAGCGAAGAAGCAAGUAAUGAGGACGAGGAAGAAGAGCUAUUACAAAUAGAUUUAGACGAUUAUGAAGAUAGCGAAAACAGUAAUGAAACUGAUGACGAAAAUGAAAUGGAUGAAGAUGAAGAAGAAGAAUUACCAACUAUUAAAAUAAUUGGUGAUUGUAUAACUAUAACUUCAAGUGAUGACGAAGCAGACAAUUUAGAACCUGAGGUUGGAGAAUUAAUAGUUGGUAAUGAGGCUAGUACCUCCUCUGAUAAUUUUGCUAUGGAAAUCCUUUUGAGUCUAAGUAACGAGGUAACAAUAAAUAAAAAAUCAAGUGAAACAUUAGAUAAGAGUGAUGAAACUGACGUAUUAGAAAAUGUUAUUGAUUCAAAUAAAAUGGUUAAUGAUAAUAAAGCAUUAGAAAAUAAUGCCAUUGAACAAAACAAAAUUGAAGACAAGAAUGUAAAAAGCCAUGAAAUUAAAAAUGGAGAAUAAGGUUAAUUUUUCAUUUCCAAAUCAAAAGUUGUAAUAUAUAAGGAUGAAGAUAAUUAUGCCUAAUGAUGUUUUCAAAAAAUAACUCAAAUAUUCCAGAUGAAGAAUUCAACGAUUUCAACAAAUUAAAUA